AAUAGUGGAGAGGAGAUGACGCGCGCUUCACAUGAGGAGGAUCAUUGGCAGUGAUCGAGUGCUGCCCUGGCAAUUUAUGAACUCUACCACUGACAUAUUUUCUGACUGAAUCAGAACUUGAUGAUUCACUAUGUCGGAAUGGAAAGCUUUCACCACUAAAAAAACAGCUAGCAUUUCAAGGCAGUUGAUGUGCCACGCCCGUUUCGCACCUGUCCAAGUGCCAAAAGCCACGUGUCCAUCUCACAGCAUGCCCCAACCCAUGUUGGACACAGGUGUGCAACUUGGAGCGUAUAACUGUACUUGAUAGUUUUUUGCACCCAGUCUGACUGCGUGGUGAGACAGCUGGCGCAUCAGUUUGCUCUUUAUAAGAGAUAGAGUGGCUCUCACCAUAGAGAAGCAGUUGAGAAUAGUGUGCGGGGUAUUUGAAAUGUAUGAGACACUGUUAUAUGAGGUAAUGUGACAGAUGAUUGCAUAGUUCCAAUUUUAUUUAUUAUGAUUUAAAUUUUAUCAGUAAAGAAAUUCAUAAAGUCGUAACUAUUGUACUGCGAUGGAAUAUCUUGUUGUGGUUAUUUUUAUAAGUUUGCUAAAAUAUGCUGACCUGGCAGCUUUUACUGCCUGUCUGUAGCUACAGACACUAUACUUCCAUACACCGCAAAAUACCUCUUAUUUUGUAUUCUUCCACUUGCCCUCAAUUUUCCGAGCAGGGCUUUUUUCUUUCAUUUUUUUUAAUCAAAGACACUAUCAAGAGUGCUAGAGAAGACUGUAUUUAUAUUUUCUAGUAAGACCUUUUGGCUUACUGAGUUUAUGAGACAAAUAUGGAAGAUUAUUAGUGAAGUUAUCUUUAGAGGUCUAAAGAAUAGUUCUACGUGAAUGAUAGCAUGGUGUAGAUUGAGUAACAUUAGCUGAUUGCAGCAUACAAGAGAUGAAGUAAUGAUCUGAGAUGUCAUUGUUCUCUGGCAGUAUUUCUAUAUUAUCAACAUCAACUCCAUAUGACAGAAUUAAAUCUAGCGUAUAAUUAUGGUGAUGAGUUGGUCCUGUCACAAGUGAGUUGAGAAUAUCGAUAAAUACUUAUCCCAAUGUGUCAUUUCAUUAUCUAUGUGAAUGUUGAAGUCACCAACAAUUCAAUCUCUAUACACAGAUCUGAUGGAAAAUGAGCAAAUUCACCAAGGAACUAAACUAAUAUAUUAAUCCAGUUUAAGACGGGUUUCAGUCAUACAGAGCACAUCCAAACUAUGAUUUGUAAUAAUUAAAUUUACAAUUAGUGCUUUAGUUGAAAGAGAUCUAAUGUUUACUAGCCCUACCUUCAUAUGAUGUUUAUCUUCAAAUUUAUUUGUUAUUUUCAAGUUUUAACAUAAUACAUUUUUUUUCUAAAUGAUUUACCCUCUCACGGGUUUGUGUUUGGUAGUUCAGGGAAAAGACACAGUCUCUUUGUAAUAUUUUGGUGAUACAGUCUUUAUGUGUUGUAGUUUCUGUGACCUGUGUGAUGUCUCAAGGCAGCUAGCAGACAUUCGGAUUAGCCAGUUUGUCUGCUUCCUGACCUGAGCCCCAGUUAGUCAAAUAAUAUCACUAUUAAAAUUAUGAGCCAAAUUACUAGAGAGGACAGUGCAUGUUUACCCCAAAAACUCUCAUUUGUCUGUAAGUCCUAUGCUAUUCUCCUGACACCACUCAGACAUCCAGCUAUUCAGUGACACUAAUCUAUUCUAAACCUCGUCACCAUGAUGAGCAGGGAGGGGGCCAGAGCUUAUUAAAGUGUCUAACAUAAUAUUUGCUAGUUCACACACCUCUUUAACAUUAUCUCUAGUGAUCUCUGACUGACUCAGUUGGACAUUGUUAGUGCCGACAUGAAUAACAAUUAAAAAUAAAUUUAUGUUUAGCAUUAGCCAGCACUUGCAAAUUUGAUCUGAUGUCAGAUGCCGAGCCCUCAAAUGCAUUUAGCAAUGGCUGGAGUCUCUAUUUCCAUGUUCCUUAAAAUAGAAACUGCUAUAACAAGUGCACUUUCAAAAUGAUUAUCAAUGGGUGCAUCACUGAGUGAGGAGAAUCAAUUGGAAACCCCAACAGGAACGGAAGAAUGGUGUCGCUUUGCUGAGCGAGUAUGCCACCAAGACGUCACCCAAACGCUCUGCUGCGGGUGCUCUACAGCUGGAACCAAAGUGCGUGUGCUGCUCACUGUUCUACCCGCAUCAGGAUCAGUUCCAGUGAUAGCUGUGCUUGGGUCAGGGGGAGGUUUCAGAGCGAUGGUUGGAUUUUCAGGUGUUAUGAAGGCUUUGUACGAGUCUGGCAUUCUAGACUGCGUCACCUAUGUUGCUGGCCUCUCUGGAUCCACAUGGUACAUGUCCACUUUGUACUCCCACCCAGAGUUCCCUGCUAAAGGCCCAGAGCAGAUCAACCAGGAGCUGAUGAAUCGUGUCAGUAGUAACCCUCUCAGACUUCUCCAUCCCAAACAUAUCACUAACUAUGUGCAUUCCCUGUGGAGCAAGAAGACCGCAGGGCAGCCUGUUACCUUCACAGAUAUCUUUGGAAUGUUGAUUGGCGAGACCCUUAUUCCAGCUAUGAUGGACACCAAGUUAAGUGAUUUGCAAGAGAAGAUCAACGAAGCUCAGGCUCCUCUGCCCUUGUUCACCUGCCUACAUGUAAAACCAGAUGUCUCUGAGCUUAAGUUUGCAGAUUGGGUGGAGUUUAGUCCGUAUGAGAUCGGAAUUGCUAAAUAUGGAACCUUCAUGACCCCUGACCUUUUCGGAAGCAAGUUCUUCAGAGGACAUGUGGUCAAGAAGUACGAAGAGAACCCUCUUCACUUCCUUAUGGGUGUGUGGGGCAGUGCCUUCUCCAUCCUCUUCAACAGAAUUCUGGGGUUUAAUGAUGUGACAAAAGGCAGCACCAUGGAGGAAGAACUAGAUCUGAUCAAACCAGGACACAUCGUAGGAGUGGACAGUCUAGACAAUGACGAGGAUCCAAAUGGAGAGGAAGAGUAUCAAGCAAGCUGGGUGCAGCAUAUGGUUAGCUCUCUUUUCAGUGACUGGGCUCUUUUUAACACCCGAGAAGGCAGAGCAGGAAAAGUACACAACUUCAUGCUGGGCUUAAACCUCAAUGAUUAUGUGACACUUUCCCCUUUCGCUGAGCCUCUUAGUGGCACAGAGGACGAGGUUGAUGCUGUCACAGACCCGUUCGAGUUUGACUGCAUCCACGAGCCAUUGGAUCUGAAAAGCAGGAAGAUCCAUGUAGUGGACAGUGGCUUGACCUUUAACCUCCCUUUUCCUCUGAUUCUAAGGCCUCAGAGGGGUGUUGACCUCAUCAUCUCCUUUGACUUUUCUGCCCGGCCGAGUGACUCUAGUCCUCCCUUUAUGGAACUUCAGCUGGCUGAGAAAUGGGCACGAAUGAAUAAGCUUCCAUUUCCUAAGAUUGACCCGAAGGUGUGUGAUCGUGAGGGGCUGAAAGAGUGUUAUGUCUUUAAGCCCAAAAAAGGAGAACGAAACUGCCCCACUGUCAUCCAUUUUGUUCUGGUCAAUAUUGACUUCAGGACUUUCAAAGCCCCAGGGGUUCCACGAGAGACGGACAAAGAAAGAGAAUUUGCAGACUUCGACAUCUUCGAUGACCCCGAGACACCUUACUCCACCUUCAACUUCCAGUAUUCCAACAAAGCCUUCACCCAGUUGCAUGACCUUAUGGAAUUCAUCACACUUAACAACAUUGAGGUCAUCAAAGAAGCGAUAAAGGACAGUAUCUUGUAUAGGAAGGAGGGUUCGUUUCGCUGCUCUGUCCCACUUUCUCUCUCUGAAGUUCAAAACAAAAAACGCUUAAAGAGGGAGUCCAAAGGUCAAGCUUGCCAAUAAGGAGGUGGAUUCCGGCUACAGGAAGUUUACAGAUGUCACAUGUCUCAUCAUGAAAAAUGUUUUGUUUUUUCUCAGAAAUAAAUGUGAAACAAGAUGAUUUGGUUUGGUGCCCAGAACAUUUCCACCCAGCCUUUAAAAGAAAAAGAGCACAUUUUCAGGAAAUCCCUGUGACUUAUACCAUGAAAACUGUAAAUAAUUUACAGUCUAAUUGUUAACAUUGAGAUGUGGGAGUGAAAGGUGAUUACAUAGUUUCAAAGCAGAUGUAAACACAUAUAUACUGGUAAUUUCUUUCAAGAUUCAUAAUGUCUCCUAAAGGGAUAGUUCAACCAAAAAUGAAAACUCUGUCAUAAUUUACUUGCCUUCAUGAUGUUCUAAACCUGUCCGACUUUCUUGCUUUCGUGUAACACUUUCAUGGAAUGGAAAAAAAAGAUGCAAUGAAAGUGGUAAGGUGGGGUGUCAAUGUGUUUGCUUUCAAAGGACAAAACUUCCCAGGGAGGCAAGAGCGAAUGUUUGAUCUUGGAGAAAAUCAACAUAUAUGAACUUUCUCACAAUUAGCAUCUCUUACUGAGGCACCCGAAUAAACGAAGAUUGCAAAUUCACACUUCAUUUUUGCCCUUCCACAUCUGUCCCAUUCUCUCCCCUCUCAUCCUGUUUCAUUCCCCUUCAGCUCAGAAUCACCGCAAACUCACCUAAGAUCUGUAUGUAACAAAAUAUCAUAACUGGUGUAUACAAGUAAUGUAACUUGUCAUGUUUGGUAAAAUGUAAAUGGUCUCAGUGCGACUGGUAUAACGGUCUCUUUUCCAGGUUGGUAAAACUAAUGGCAACAAAGUUAUAAGGUCUUUGCCAAAUACUGUAUAAUUCUGGAGGUCUAUUCCCCUCCUUACCUGUGUGUCAGGAUAUCAAGAACCCAUUCACCCCCAAAUUCUCAUUGUUCAAAGGAUAAUACCAUUUGGUACACAAUGUUUAUUCUGUCUGGAUAUUUAAGGAAAGUUGGCCCAGAACUGGAGGAGUCUGUAGUCAGAUUAUCGCACACAAUUGCAGUUUUAAUAUAGGUAUCUGUAAGCCAGAUCUCCCAUGCUUGCCAUUGCUUGUGGUCUUGCCAGGUAUGUUUCUUUGACUUGUCUUUUAUUUUUAGGAAUGCUUAUUUAUUCUGAUCAUGUAUGAAUUUGGCUUUGAUUGAUUUUGUAACUUAAGUUUUUAAUCCUAUCUGGCAAAUAAAUUGUUGU